ACUCACACACACAGCACAAUACAGAGGCACACACUUGUUUUCCGCUCCUAAAAUCUCCCUCUCUCUCUCUCUCUCUCCUCAACAAACAAAUUCUCCUUUUCCGAAAAUGUUUAUCGAGAGCUUCAAGGUCGAAAGCCCCAACGUGAAGUACACAGACACUGAGAUUCACUCUGUCUACAACUACGAAACCACCGAGCUCGUUCACGAGAACAGAAACGGCUCUUACCACUGGAUUGUGAAGCCCAAAACUGUCCAAUACGAGUUCAAAACCGACGCCCAUGUCCCUAAAUUAGGGGUUAUGCUUGUUGGGUGGGGAGGGAACAACGGCUCAACCCUUACUGCUGGCGUCAUUGCAAAUCGGGAGGGGAUUUCGUGGGCGACGAAAGACAAGGUGCAACAGGCGAACUAUUUCGGGUCGCUAACCCAGGCUUCCUCAAUCCGGGUCGGGUCCUUCAAUGGAGAAGAGAUAUACGCUCCGUUCAAAAGCUUGCUCCCCAUGGUGAACCCGGACGACAUCGUUUUUGGAGGAUGGGACAUAAGCGACAUGAAUUUGGGUGACGCAAUGGGCAGAGCCAAAGUGUUGGACAUUGAUCUUCAAAAACAGCUGCGGCCCUACAUGGAGCACAUGGUCCCACUCCCAGGAAUCUACGACGCAGAUUUCAUCGCCGCCAAUCAAGGCGCACGUGCGAACAACGUGAUCAAAGGGACCAAGAAGGAACAGGUGGAACAAGUGAUGAGAGACAUUAGGGAGUUCAAGGAGAAGAAGAAGGUGGAGAGGGUGGUGGUGCUGUGGACGGGCAACACGGAGAGGUAUAGCAACGUGGUGGUGGGUCUGAACGACACGAGUGAGAACCUCAUGGCCUCCUUGGAGAGGAAUGAAUCCGAGAUCUCUCCCUCCACCCUCUUUGGACUGGCUUGCAUUCUUGAGAACGUGCCUUUCAUCAAUGGCAGCCCGCAAAACACAUUUGUCCCGGGCCUCAUUGAGCUGGCCAUUAGCAGGAACUCUUUGAUUGGUGGAGAUGAUUUCAAGAGUGGGCAGACCAAGAUGAAAUCGGCUCUGGUUGAUUUCCUGGUUGGGGCUGGUAUUAAGCCAACCUCCAUAGUGAGUUACAAUCACUUGGGAAACAACGACGGAAUGAACCUGUCGGCACCUCAGACCUUCCGCUCCAAGGAGAUCUCCAAGAGCAACGUGGUGGACGACAUGGUGGCAAGCAACGGCAUCCUGUACGAGCCGGGCGAGCACCCCGACCACGUCGUUGUCAUUAAGUAUGUCCCGUACGUGGGAGACAGCAAGAGGGCCAUGGACGAGUACACCUCCGAGAUCUUCAUGGGAGGCAAAAGCACCAUAGUAAUGCACAACACUUGCGAGGACUCUCUUCUUGCAGCUCCCAUCAUUCUAGACUUGGUCCUUCUUGCUGAGCUCACCACUCGAAUCCAACUCAAAGCUCACAACGAGGGAAAAUUCCACUCUUUCCACCCUGUGGCCACCAUCCUUAGCUAUCUAACCAAGGCCCCUCUUGUGCCUCCGGGAACACCCGUGGUGAACGCGUUGUCGAAGCAGCGGGCGAUGAUGGAGAACAUAUUUAGGGCCUGUGUUGGAUUGGCUCCCGAAAACAACAUGAUUUUGGAAUACAAGUGAAUAUUUACCAUCUCUUUUUGAUCAACUAUAUUUUCAUAAGACUCUGUUUUCAUUUUUCUCUCCCUUUUUCCUUACUAUUAAUCUAUUUUUUAUGUAGCUAUUGCAAGUGUAUUUUGUUUGCUCUAGCUCUUUUAGAGCCUAGCUAGCUUAUCCCUUAUAUGUAACUACUUUUCUGUAAUUUCUUAUUGCCUCUUCUUAUUUCCAAGUUAAUCUUUUCAAAUUAAGAGAAAAUAUUAUUAAA